AUGCCUCCCAAGAAGAAGGGCAGGGCCAGUGCCCAGUCUGUCGCAACGCCCUCGGCGACUGCUACACCCAGUCGGGGAGGAGACGAUGAUGCGAUGGACAUCGAUACACCCCAGGCGGCGGAUACACCGACUGCAGCAACGUCCACCCAAGCGCCACUCGCGGAUCUCACCAGCCAUUGGACGGAUGAGCAACGUGCUUCCUUGUUCAAGGGUGUGAUCAGAUGGAAGCCCUCCGGUAGGAUGACCAAAUCGGGAGAAAGACAUGAUCACUUUGCAGGCAUGAAGCUGACCAUGACCAUGCUACGCAUCCUAGGCAUGCAUAGGCAUUUUCGCGUGAUAGCAAUCUCGGAACACCUGCGCUGCCAUGGCAUCGACCCCGACGUAUAUCAACACACGCGCAUACCGGGCAUCUGGAAAGAACUGCGGUGGUUCUACGACCUGGACGCCAUCAAUGAGCGUGAUAACAACAUCGACUACAUUGAUAAUCCAGAAUUCGAUACGAAAUUCAAAGAAUUCCACUUGCCUUUUGACGACUACUACGAGGCAAUGAGCGAGCGAUUCCUCGCCGACGGCGGAUCAGGAGCGUCAUCUCCUGCCCAAUGGGACGGCGGCGACGGCGACGAUGCGCUUCCAAGCGUCACAAAGCCUACCCCAAGUACUGGCGCUGGUAAGCGGAAGCGUGGCGAAACUGCUUCUAGGACGCGGUCCAGUACGGUGGACAGCUCCGACGCACCAUCCUCACUACCGAGCGCGGCUGCGCCGAAGACGACAAGGGGUACAAGGAGCUCGAGACGCGCCGCGUCAAGGAGCAAAGCUCAAUCUACGGAGCCAGAGGACAAGGCAGAUGAUGGAAACGAGGAGGAAGCAGAAGACAACGACGAUGAAGCGAAAGAGGAGGAAGAGGAGGAAGCAGACGAGAACGAGGAGGAGGAUGCGGACGAAGAGGAAGAUGCGGACGAAGCAGAAGGAGGCGAGAACGAGGAAGACGACCAUGACGAGGAAGAGGACCAAGAGCCAGAGGCGGAAAAGCCUACGCGGCAGAAGAAGACAGCACGGGGAGGAGGCAGGGGGAGAGGAAGAGGGAGAGGCCGUGGAAGAGGUCGGGGACGAGGCCGUUGA